AAUAACGUAGCUAGUGAAAUCUGCUAGGGAGGGGGCCGAAGAACAAAACAAUGACACUGCUCGGAAGGAUUCAAAUGCAGUAACACUUUUUGAAAUACUUUUUAAACGAAAUAGCGCGGAUUUCCCUCCCGUUUUAAAGCAAAAUAGUCCGCUGAUACCCGAGCUUUUGACGUCGACUGGUUGUUGUUUUUGUUGAUAUGUUGUUACAGCUCAGUUGACAGACUUGAGGCGAGCUGCUUGUUUGUACGGCUAUGAACUGUUCGGGCUUGCUGGUCCGCUAAUUACAGCUUUUUUUUUGGGGGGGUGGGGGUGGGGGGGGGGAAGUUAAAACUGUCCAUCGAAACCAGCUAGUCUUAAACUAAGUGUUGCUGUUUGGAUGCCACAUUAUCUACUGAGUUUGCCAGCGAGCUAUUGUGGAUCCGUUUGCUAGCUAGCCUGUUGUUAGCGUCAACAUUUGCACAUUCAUCCUUCAGGGAGAGUUCAUUGUCUCGGUCGGUACUGUAUACCUGUAACGUUACAUGUUAAUAUUUUAUUUAUUUUGUGAGCUAACCUAUAUAUCUUAUGUAAUUCUGCAUCUAAAUGCUAACUUUGGUUCAUGAACAAGCUAACUGUUAUUGGUAAAAACAUAUCUGGUGUAACUCAAGGAGACAGCUGUUUCUGCUUCAUUGCCUCACUGUUUGUUGCACUAAAUAACAUUAUUAUUACCAUUGUAAGUGUUUUAAAUCCAUGCUACGAAAAGUAGUUUAAUAUAUAGUAUUAUUGUCGAGAGUGCUUUAUUGUUGAGACCACCAGCCCUGUUACCAUGCAGCUGUUGUAACUUGAUUUUGUUGUUGUUGUACAAUUUCCAUUAACUGCUAUUUGAAAUAGCUGGUACUGUUAUCAAGGCUGUUACAAUAAGCACUGCUCUGUUUUCAAGUUUACCUUGUGAGAAACGAUGAGUGGGCAUGGCUCAUCUUCGGAAAAGGGAGUCAAUACUAGCCUAAUAUGUCAAGAGAGUUAUGCCUGUGGUGGCUCCGAGGAGGCCGCAUUUGAGUGUGAUGAAUGCAAAAGCUUGCAGUGUGUUCGUUGUGAGCUGGAGCUCCACAGUCAGGAGCAUCUGAAGAACCAUGAGCGGGUUCAGAUAGGACCUGGGCAUGUCCCUUACUGUGACAACUGUAAAGGAGGUAAUGGAGACAAUGGCAAACGCCAUAGAUCUGUGGUUCGCUGCCAGAACUGCAAAGUCAACUUGUGCCAAGACUGCCACAAAUGCACGCACAGUGGAGGCAACAAGAAGAAACACCAGCUCAUAUCUUAUCCUCCACCACCCAAACCUGCCCAGGUCAACUCUGUCCAGACAUCUGUCCUGCCCGCUGUCCAAAUACCCGAUGAGACCAAAUCUCAGAGAGCAAAACUUCUGGAGAAUAUUUCCAGUUUUCUCCUGGUUGACGAGAAUGAGGAAAUGCAGAUAAAAGAUGAAUCCUCAUUUGUAAAGAGCCUCAGCGGCAACCCUGACCAGCUGCUGAAGGUGGUGUCCAUCUUUGGCAACACAGGAGAGGGCAAAUCUCACACCCUGAACCACACGUUCUUCAUGGGCAGAGAGGUGUUCAAAACUUCUCCCACACAAGAGUCCUGUACGGUGGGUGUAUGGGCGGCGUUUGACCCCUUCCGUAAAGUAGUAGUCAUCGACACAGAGGGGCUGCUUGGGAACAGCUCCAAACAGGGCCAGAGAACCCGUCUCUUGCUCAAGGUGCUCGCCAUCUCCGACCUCAUCAUCUACCGCACCCAUGCCGACCGACUCCACGACGACCUCUUCAAGUUCCUCGGGGAUGCCUCUGAUGCUUACUUGAAGCAUUUCACCAAGGAACUGAAGGCUACAACAGCCCGCUGUGGCCUGGAUGUCCCUCUGUCCACCUUGGGCCCUGCGGUGGUCAUCUUCCAUGAAACAGUCCACACGAAGCUGCUUGGUUCAGAUAAAUCAUCUGAGUCAGUAGACCGACUGCUGUCGGCUCGCUUCAAGAAGCUUUCCCGUUUCCCAGAGGCCUUCAGCUCUGUACAGUACUGGGGCACGCAGACUCUCAGCCCCCCAACUGACUUCCGUGGCCUGCAGAAUAAACUGGAGCAGCUCCUGGAUAACAACGCCACCCGUUCCCCACGCACCCCUCUGGUCAUCUUCAAAGCCCUGCAGGCAUUGAGUGAGCGCUUUAAUGGAGAAAUUGCAGGUGAGCUUGUAGCCCACAGCUGCUUCUUCCCUGAUGAGUACUUCACCUGCUCCAGCCUGUGCCUCAGCUGUGGAUCUGGCUGCAAGAACAGCAUGAACCACUUAGAAGAAGGAGUGUGCCAUGAGGCAAAGCACCGUUGUCGUUAUUCUGUUCAGUAUGAUAAUCGCAUUUACACCUGUAAGGCUUGCUAUGAAGGGGGAAAGGAAGUGAUAGUGGUCCCUAAGACCUCAGCUUCCUCAGACUCUCCAUGGAUGGGCCUCGCCAAAUACGCCUGGUCUGGGUACGUCAUUGAAUGUCCCAACUGUGGAGUGAUCUAUCGGAGCCGUCAAUACUGGUACGGGAACCAGGACCCUGUGGAUACAGUUGUCCGCACUGAGAUCCAGCAUGUAUGGCCCGGGUCGGUUGGCUUUUUAAAGGACAAUAGCAAUGCAGCGCAGCGUCUUCUGGAUGGAGUGAACCUAGUGGCCCAGUCUGUGUCAGAGCUCAGUGUCAAGCCUGCCAAGGCCGUCACGUCUUGGCUGACGGAUCAGAUCGCCCCAGCCUACUGGAAACCCAACUCCCUCAUCUUGGUGUGCCAUAAGUGUCACGCAGUCUUCCAGGACAACGACACCAAGCAUCACUGCCGUGCCUGUGGGGAGGGCUUCUGCGACGGCUGCUCUUCCAAAGCUGCCCCCGUGCCCGAGAGAGGCUGGGGCCUGGCCCCUGUCAGAGUCUGUGACAUCUGCUUCGAACAGAGAGCUUCAUACGCAGAGCUGCUCGAGGCAGAGCUCGAGGAGGAAGAAGGUGGAACUCUGGCCAGGAAGGUUGGGGAAGCAGUCACCAACACGUUUGGGGUUGUGGUCACUGCUAUUGACAUCCCAUUUGGCCUCGUGAAAGAUGCCGCUCGUCCUGCCUACUGGGUGCCUGACCAGGACAUCCUGUCCUGCCACAACUGCCAGCGCGAGUUCACUGCCAAGCUGUCCAAGCACCACUGCCGUGCCUGUGGCCAAGGAGUGUGUGACGACUGCUCCCCGGAGCGCCGGUCGGUCCCGUCGCGGGGCUGGGACCACCCCGUGCGCGUCUGCACCACCUGCAACCAGAAACCGGGAGAACUUUAACAGGGAAGGCCUUCCUUCCUCAGAGCACCGGAGAGAACCACUCACUCGCUCAGCUCGCAGUCUGUCACUGCUUUACCUCCGUUAAUCUAAAGGUUCUGUCUUGUUUCUGUGGAAAGGAAGUAUUUAGGCGUACAUCUAUAGGACGUUUAGCAGAGUUCCUGUGGCCUUUGUAGAACAGCCGGAACAUGUGAGUUACUUGACUGAGUGUGAAACCUGCAUUUCCACUCUUGAUUAUUCAGAGUGAAUACUUUGAUUCUUAUUGACACAAGUCCCGAAUUUUACGUUGAAUAAGGCUGUUGAGCUAUUUUUCUACUAUCAGAAAAUGUAUAUUAAAAAAAAAAAAAAUGUAUCAUUUGAAGAGUAUUAGUUAGUCGAGGACCCUGUGGGGUUGGUGUUAUUAGUUUCCAGCAGUUCUUAUUAUUGAGCAUUGUUUCUCUGAUGUCGCAAGGUGAUAUUUUAUAUCCCUGCGGGUAUGUCUACAGGUUCCAUUGCAUGCUGUAUUGCAACAUUUUAGUUUUUUUGCACUACGCCUUUUUCAGCUGUUAUAGGCUGUUGCUAACCAUGGCCAAAAUCCAGAUAUCCAGAUGAUCAACUAGUCUGUCCCAAACUGAGCUGAGCUGAACCACAGCAGGUCUAGAUUGUGGAUAUCUGGUGUGCCAAAUAUCAUUCAGGUCACUGUGUCUGUGCUGGUAUAAUGUUUAGAUUUUAUCAUGUCAUUUGUGGAUGUAUGAAAACAUAGAACUAUGUUAGAGGAGUGUACAUUUAAAACGCUAAAAAAUAUUUAUGUAUUGAAGAUUUUAAACUACAACAUAUUAACACUCGGUAUGCAUGACAGUCUGAGAGAUCCAUGGCCUUCUACGUGUUCAGAGGAUGGUCUCUGAAUGGACCUCACUAUCUCUUCUACCAAGCGGCAAUUCAGUGCAUCCAUGUUAUAAAAUGUAUGUAUUUCAUGUUCACAUUUUGUUUUCUUGACACCUUGAUUUUAAUUGUUUUCUAAAUAUUUGCAGUUUGUUUGUAUGAACAUUGUUUUGCCGAACUGAAGAAUAUCCAAAUUUGUUUUCAAACCAGCUUUACAUAUUUCACUCACGUCUCCGUAGGCACCGACUGACAGGAUAAGGACAACACAUUUUAGUUAUGUUUUAGCUCUUCACAGCUUGUUUUUCUGUUAUUAUACCUCCGUUAUUGAUAAUGUAUAUUUUCCUUUUCUGGUUUUUGUUUGACCUUAAUUUCUGUAUGGAUAUUUAUAUAUAUACAUUGUAGCAACUGUAUGCAAACCACUCUUUCUCGCCUUAUAGUUUUUGUCCUUUUGUCUUUAUUACACAGAAAAAAAAAUGAUGCUCGAUUGUGGCAGUGAUAAGAUAUUGAACCAUAUUUAGUGACUGAGACACGUGCUUUACAUGUGGACGUCAUACAAAGCACAAGGUGAUGCCUUUAACACAUAUGCUUGUAUUUUGGUGUUAAAAAUAAGAAAAAAAAGGGGUCUUUGUCAAUUGUAAGCUUUGUAGAUAAAGUGAAUUCUCUCUUUGCUCCUAGCUUUGAACUUUUUGGUUUUGAUGUCUGAUGAGGAAAUGUUUUGUCUGCCUUGUCUGAAAAUAGAUUUAUCUGUCUGAAUGUUGCAUCACACGCACACACACACACACACACUCACUCCGUGGAGGUGCUAAUAUUGCACAGUAUAGAAUAGGAAAUACAUCAUGUCAUGUUACUUGUACUGGAGUUCAUUCCUGUGCAAAAUUGUGCAGUCUGUUGCUUCAGAUAUCCGUUUUAUCUUGUGAUGUCCAGUUAUUUCACCGACAGACUACAAAUCAAGAAGGAAUGAUUGAAACAAUUUAAGCAAUGAUGUGUGUAUACUAAACUGAUGGAAGAUUUGCAUAACAUUAAAGUUGUAUCGGCUCCCAUUAGUCAAAAA